CUGGGAACAAGGUUUGUGAAAAUGGUUUGUGAUCACUGAUUUGUGAUUUGUGAAGAAUAAAAGCAUACUUCAUGUUACCAGUUACUGAGUUACUCUGAGUUACUCUUCAAUGACUUCUAUUCUCCAUUCUCUCGAAGUCUUCAAAGUUUCCAUUCUCCUGAAGUCUUCAACGUUUCCUGUCUACAUCAGUAGUGUCAGACUGUCAGUCAGUCAUUGUCAGUCAGUCUGUCAGUGUAUAUUCCUUUUGUCUUUUGAAGUAUGCAUCAUGGUCAUACUGCUUUGGUUAUUGGAGCCUCUAGGGGCAUUGGAAAGACUAUUUGUUUAGCAUUCGCAAAUGCUGGUUACAAUAUUGGUGUUUCUUCUAGAACGACAGAGAAUACAGCCAAGUUACCAGGCACAAUUUUCACUACAGCCAAAGAAAUCGAAAACUUGGGAUUGCAGGCAUCAGCAUUGCCAAUUGAGUGCAAUGUCAGGAACAUUGAGGAUAUUAAUAAUGCUGUGGAGAUAUGUAACUCUCAUUUUGGCUCUUUGGAUGUUGUCGUAUACAAUGCCGGUGCAAUUUUGUGGGAUAAGGUCAUUAAUACACCAAUAAAGAAAUUUGAUUUGAUGCAGGAUGUAAAUAUUAGAGGAGCUUAUUCAACGAUACAGGCUGUGCUGCCAUCUUUUCUAGGAAAGAGAAGUGGAAAAAUUAUCAUGGUUUCCCCUCCAAUAUAUUCAAGAUUCUUCAAAGGAAAAACUCCAUAUGCUGUUGGUAAAAUUGGAAUGUCAGUUUUGGUUCAAGGACUUAGUACUGAAUUGUGUGGAACAGGUGUUUCUAUCACAGCUUUAUGGCCUGCUACUGUAAUCAAAUCUCAUGUCACAACUGUUCAUGGAGUGCAGUCGAAAAUAAUGAGAAAUCCUGCUAUUUUCGGAGAUGCAUGUGUAGCUAUUGCACAAGAAACUACAGAUAGAUUAAAUGGAAAGUGUUUAAUUGACGAGGAUUAUCUUCGCAGUAUUGGAAUCACAGACUUUAAAAAAUAUCGAUGUGAUCCAGAUCAGGAACCGCCGAGAAUGAUGCCAAAAGAAUUUCCUUCUUUACUUGUUCAAGAAGAGAAUGUGUCUCUAGACAUAAAUGAUAAAUGAGGUUUGUGAGUUUAUAAAUUUACCUGUCAAAUAAUUUUCAGUGCUAGGAAAAGAUAAAAAUGUAAAUAUAUUUCAUUUAAAUAUGUCAAUUGUUCACAAAAAACUGUAUGAAU